AUGCCUAAUGAUAUUAAAACUGAGAGUCCUGAGAGCGAACCUGAUGAACAGGUCGUGCCCAGCCUCCUGAAGGAUGCUUCAUCUGAAGGGUUGGAAGUAUCCCAGACACCGUAUCCGGAUGUUCAGUGUUCGGAUCAAGCGCUUCCUCCUGAUUCAUCCGGCGAGAAGGAUGAUACACACACGAUUCGACCUCACCCUGACCCUGGCUUGACCUCUGACCCUCCCAAUGAGAUUCCCACAGAUCAGCCGUCUCUGUACGGCACACUGAACGCUCAGGCCGUCACACUGCUGCAUGGAUUACCCUUCUUUCCCGGCCGGACCUUCUUUCCGGAGAACUGCUUCACUCUUCCGCUCCACCGCGAUGGUUUCACACGUGGUGUUUCCAAACCAGAACCAGACACAGUCCAUCACAUAAGGCCCGCGCUGGACCUCACCACACACACAUAUUUACAGGACCUAUACCGUGCACAGACGCUCGUCCCGCAGAAACGCACCAGCAUGGUGAGCCUCGACACCCUCCGCAAGGAUCCGCGCUGGCGGGACCCGAACCUGCGGGAGGUCAUCUCCAUGCUGAGCCACCCCAUGGACCCGGUGAAGUCCAACGCCGCUGCGUAUCUGCAGCACCUGUGCUACGAGAACGACUCGGUCAAGCAGGACGUCCGGCAGCUGCGAGGGAUCCCCGUCCUGGUGAGGCUGCUGGAUCAUCCCAAAGCCGAGGUCCAUCGCAAGGCCUGCGGCGCGCUGAGGAACAUCUCCUUCGGCCGAGACAACUUCAACAAGGUGGCCAUCAAGAACGCGGACGGCAUUCCUGCGCUGCUGAGGCUCCUGAGGAGAUCCGACGACGUGGAAGUCCGAGAACUCGUCACAGGAACGCUGUGGAAUCUCUCGUCCCAUGAGCCUCUGAAGAUGAUGGUCAUCAACCACGGCCUGCAGACGCUGACCGACGAGAUCAUUGUCCCUCACUCGGGUUUGAGAGGAGACCCGAACCACCCGUCUCGACCCGGAGCCCCGGAGUGGAACACGCUCUUCAAGAACACUUCGGGAUGCCUGAGGAACGUGAGUUCAGACGGAGCUGAAGCUCGACAGAGACUGCGUGACUGUGACGGUCUGGUGGAUGCUCUGCUGCACGCGCUCUAUUCUGCUGUCGCCAACAGGGACAUAAAUAACAAAUCGGUGGAGAACUGCGUCUGUAUCUUGCGUAAUCUGUCGUAUCACUUGCACAAAGAGGUUCCUGGAGCUGAGAGAUUCCUAGCAGCCGAUCACAGCGCGAAACCAGGAGGACACCAGAAGAAGAAGGACGAGCCGGAACGUUCUGGAGGACUAACGAGCAAAGAAGAAUGGUUCCAUCAGUGUAAGCAUCACAGAAUCGGAGAGAAGAAGAGCAGUGGUGUGGAUCAGUCCAGGAGGAGUCUGCCGAUGAAAGGCCUGGAGCUUCUGUACCAGCCGGAGGUGGUGCGACUCUAUCUGUCUCUCCUCAAACUGAGUCAGAACCACAACACCCUGGAGGCGGCGGCCGGAGCCCUGCAGAACCUGUCAGCCGGACACUGGACCUGGUCCGGUUAUAUCCGAGCGACGGUGCGUAAAGAGAAGGGUCUGCCGGUGCUGGUGGAGCUGCUGCACUCCGACGCUGAUAAAGUGGUGCGAGCGAUCGCCAUCGGGCUCAGAAACCUCGCCAUCGACCACAAGAACAAAGAUCUGAUCGGGAGUUACUCCAUGAGGGAUCUGGUCAGUAAUCUGCCCUGCGGUCAGCAGCGACCCGCCAAGAACCUGGAGGGAGACACGGUGGUGGCCGUCCUGAACACUAUACUAGAGAUCGUCUCGGAGAACCUGGAGAACGCCCGAUUCCUCAUCCAGGGACAGGGAAUCCAGAAACUGGUCUCAAUCAACAGAACCAGCCAAUCGGUGCGCGAGACCAAAGCCGCGUCACACAUCCUGCAGACGGUCUGGGCCUAUAAGGAUCUGAGACACACGCUGUGUAAGGCCGGCUGGAACAAAACACACUUCAAGCCAGCCGUCUCCGUUCUGCCCAAAAAACAGAGGAACGGGAAGCAAGGGAACGAUGACAUCACACUGCCCUUAAUGGAGAAGAACCAAGAUGGAUGCUGUACUGUGGAUCAGGUCGAGCGAGCAGCAGAUGUUCAGUGUCACAUGAUCGAACGAGAAACUUUUCAGGGAGUGAAUGAUAAGAGGCUUUUCAUCAGGACCAGCAGACCUGCGGUUGGUUUAGUGGAGCGAACACCACAGCCGCUGGAUUCAUGGGUCUGAUCCGGCUCACGGCUGGAGAUCCACUUUCAGACCUGCAUUUAGACUGACAUUAUCAGCCUUCAGCACAAUUCACCACAGAAUCAAACGAGAGAAAUACAACAUAUACUAUGUCCACAUCGAUGACCUUAGUGAAGGAGAGCUGGAGGAACCGUGUCUGAUCCGUCUGGAAGUGGAAGUUGACU